UUUCGCCUUUCAUCCGACUUGGGAUACGGCAAUCUUGUCCUUGUACUUACUUUACUCUUCCUCGUACAUAGUCCCACCGCUGGACCCCUCCUCCCCCUCCUCCUCCCCUCCUCUCUAAUACGCCUUACACAUUCGCCUAAUCUCCACUCGCCAUCACCCCGCUCACCAUGCUCGCUUCGCCAAGUCCGUCCCCGCUUUCCGACUACGAGCACCUCGAGCUGGAGUACGCGCUCCAGCAGCAGCAACAGCACCAGGCCGCGAUGCAUGCGCACCAUCAGGGGAUGUCGUCGUUCCCACCUCCCCCGGCUGAUUACGACGCAUCGAUACACUCCAGUCUUCAAGGGUCCGCGAAACGAUACCGCUCCGCGCCGGCCAAGUCGUUUCAGUGUACGGGAUAUGGCGAUUGUCGGAUGGUCUUCAGUCGCUCAGAGCACCUUGCGAGGCACAUAAGAAAGCAUACGGGGGAACGCCCAUUCACAUGUCAUUGUUCCAAGCAGUUCUCUAGGCUUGACAAUUUGCGCCAGCAUGCCCAGACGGUCCACUCGGCACCCGAAGACAAGCCGCUUAACGAGCGUAUGAUGCGAGCGCUUGUUACUGUCAACGCAAGCAUGAUGGCUGGCGUACGCGGGCGACGCAGAUAUGGCGUUCCGCCACCCGAGAUCCCUCUGCCUCCUCAAGGGCUGUACCCAUCGUCUUCGACCUCAUAUCACUAUGCAGGCGCAAGCCCACUCCCUAGCCCCGGCCUCUCGCUCUACCCCGGCGGAAGCCCGCUCGGCAGCCCAGCGUCCGGUGUCUAUCCCAGCUCGAUGAGCAACUCGCCCAGUCCACUGAACCCGACUUUCGGGCCCGCUGUGCAUGGGUCGGGGUACCCAUUACCCGUCCAAAUGCAUGCGCACGGUGCUCACAGCUUACCGGCAUCACCCUCGUAUGCGACUUUUCCAUCCUCCGCCCGGGCGCCUCUCCCUCAUUCUCAUUCCCAUUCAUACUCGCAUCCACACCCGCAGGCACCGAGUCCGCUGUACGAGUACGAUGGCCCGGACUAUUUUUCGGCACCGUCACAAGUCAAGCAAGAGCAGCCGGAUCUCGAGGGGUUCUACCCUCCCAAUCAUAGCCCCCGAACACAUUCCAUCUCACAUCAUGGUUUGACUAGCUAUGCGUCCAGCAGCUCGCUUUCGUCGUUCGCUUCUUCGCCACCGUCCGACCGGUCCGCUCAUUCGGCUUCGCCCCCUUCGGAGCAGCAGUAUUAUACAGAGGAUGUCGGUCGUCAUCAUGGGUUGCCCAGUCCACCACACAGCCCGAGUUACUACGGCCAGCAAGUCUCGAAGCACUCGCAACAACCGCCGGCGCACCAGCACGCAUCUCAAUAUGGAUGGGCAGAGGAAGAUCAGCACCUCGAGAUGAGCAAUGCGCAGUACUAUGCGGCUAUCCAGGCUGGUGGAGGUUAUUGAGUGUCAGUGUCGUCUGCUAACGUUAUUACUCUAUCUGCGACGCAAACGAAAAGAGAUCGGGCACUCGUGCUCACCGCUGUACCACUGGCCUCCCACCCCCAUCGACGGUCUAUAUCUAUCUUGGACACCACGCAUGCACACUCUUCUUGGGACUCUUUAUACUUCGUGUUUUGAAACGGGAUCUCACUUGCUUCAUCGUGUACUCUUUCCUUCUCACACACGCACACACCCUCCGCCUGCUCAUGAUGAUGACCACGACCCUUCCGCUCGCUACUCUACAUCGCUCUUUGAUCUCACCGCGCCAUUCAUUGCCACUUAUUGUAUGAUAUCACUUGGUUAUUAUCAUUGACUGCGGACUUUUGCACAAAUUACCUGUCACUCCGCUUCUAUUCAGCUACAUUAUUGGUCAUUUACUCGGUCUCAUUCACGCAGGCGCGAUAUAUUAUUACUUUUUAUUGUUUUCUUUUCACUUGCUAUCGUCGCGUCUGCUCUCUUACUUAUGUAUUCUCCACCCCGCUAUGCCCUUUACUUAUAUGUGCUUGGUAGUCGAGAUCAGGUCGUUUAUCGUCGUCGUCGGUUGUGCACUCGUGGUCGAGCAUUGUAUGUACAAUAUCCACAAAAUCAUCCAUGCACCCUGAUCAGUUUUCCGUGUGUAUACUGAGCUUCAAGUGAAUGAAUGGCGCCCGAUGAAGGCCAG